UUACAAGAUGGCGGCGUAUGUAGCUACUCAUGAUCGCUCUGUUUUACCCAAGAAAUAUGAAGAUACUAAGAUCUGUGUGACUCAAAGAUCCACCCAUGAGGAUAUAUUAAAUGUUGGGAACAGUGUUUAUCAUAGGAUCCGCAGUGAACAUGAAGAAGAACRACAGAAGGCUAUCCAAGAAGUUGAAGAAAGAAUACGAAGUCAACUCACACAGGAAAAAGAAAAAGUGCUAAAAGAAUCAAAGGAACGAGCAGAAGAGGAGCUUGAAAAGGCUAUGCUUUCUGCAAAAAAGGCCCAAGAAAAGGCUGUCAAAGCUGAAUCCAAAAGAGUUGAAGCUUUGAUGAAAAAGCUAGCUGUGCAGCAAGUACAACAAGAAAAAGAAGAAGGGGAAGCAAGAUUACUAUGGGCUCUUGAACAAGCAAGGAAUAAUUUUGAAGAAGAAAAAAUGGAAGCCAUCAAAAUAGCCAAAGAGGAGGGGCGGUCCUUUGCACUUAUUGAAAUAAAAGAAAUUCAAGCUCAAGAAGAAGAUAAAAGAAAAAAGAUUAUAAUUAAUGCUGAAAAAGAGAAACAGCAAUCACUGAAGUCGAUGAAAGAAAGGCUCAAAGUAGAAGAGAAAGAAGCAGUAGCUGAGAUGGAAAGGAAAUGUCAGAAGGAAAGUGAAGAAAGAGUAAAUGAAUUAUGCAUUAAACAUGAAAGUGAAAUAAAGGAAAUGGAAAGAAAAAUAGAAAUGGAGAAAGAAGAGAAAAAGAAAAUUAUUAGUGAGAUGGAAAAAAUCAAGGAGUCAAAGGGGAAAAUUGAGGAAAGACUAAAAAUAGUUGCAGAAUCAUUCCAAAACUUUAUAGAAACAACUAAAGGAUUCGAAGGAGGCGAAUCAGAUUUUCUUAUCCCUAAUGUCUUAAGAGAUGUUUUGGAAAGUUGAAAAAUGAAAUAUUUUGUUAUUAUAUAAGCAUGCUUAAACUGUUGAAUUUAUAGCUUUUAUGAAACAAAAACCUCCCUCUCCCUUCCCUUUCCAAGAAAGAGACACAAUAUAACUAUAGCUAUAACUAAAACGGUUUGUAUUCAUAGGUUUUUUGUUUUUGUUUAUAUCACAUGUAUAUUAUUGUUUAGUGAAACUACUGUACAAUAUUUUGGUAACCAAUAUACUCAAAUAAAGAUGUCAGACCUUA